AUGUUAAUAAUCGGCCUGACCGGCUCCAUCGCCACCGGCAAAUCGACCGUCUCCUCCCUCCUCUCCUCCCCGCCGUACUCCCUCCCGAUCAUCGACACGGACCUGCUGGCCCGGAAAGUCGUCGAACCGGGCACGGAAGGCUACAAGGCGAUCGUCAACUACUUCGGCCCGACGACCCCGGACCUCCUUCUCCCGGCCGACCGCACCCCCCGCCCCCUCAACCGCCUCGCCCUCGGCCGCCGCGUCUUCGGCACCACGGAGGACCGCAAACGCGACCGCAUGAUCCUCAACAAGAUCGUGCACCCGCUGGUGCGCCGCGAGGUCUACAAGGCGCUCGCGGCCCACUACGUGCGGGGCCACUGGGCCGUCGUCCUCGACGUGCCGCUGCUGUUCGAGAGCGGGAUGGAUCUGAUCUGCGGCACCGUGGUGGUGGUCGGCGUGCGCGAUCCCGCCGUGCAGAUGCAGCGGCUCCGCGCCCGCGACCCGCACCUCUCCGCGGAGGAGGCCGCGAAUCGCGUCCGCAGUCAGGGCGAUGUCGCCUCCAAGGCGGCGCGCGCCGAGUGGAGGGGCCAGCGCAGGGGGCUCGUGGUGUGGAAUGAUGGCGACAAACAGGAGCUGGAGGGCGAGGUGCGGCGCGCGUUGGCCGUCGUGCAGGCGUCCAGUCCGCGGUGGUGGGCUUGGGUGCUCUUGGUGCUGCCGCCGGUGGGCGUUCUGGCGGCGGUGUGGAAUCUCGGGGUGAAUUUUUGGGGCCGGAGGGGGUGGGAGACGCUCGAGAGGGAGAGGGAG